CCCAAACUGAAACUCAAAUCCAUUGAUGGGAACAAUGCUGCUGAGAGUUGGGUUAUCAGUACAGUGCCUGAGACCCUCUCUCGCUCAAUUCCUUCCCAAGCAGACCCCUAUCACAAAACUCUCUUACAGACCACUCUGUAUCUCUUCUUCGUCCUCCAUAUCAACCCUUGUCUCUAACUCUUCAAAGCACUCAACUUCAACAUUCAAUGGAAGUCUUGAACCAUAUCUGUCGUGCUGUAUGCCCCACAAACGCCUCAAACUUGCUGUCCUCCUCAGUGGUGGAGUUGAUAGUAGCGUUGCCCUUCGCCUCCUUCAUGCUGCUGGCCAUCACUGCACCGCCUUCUACCUCAAAAUCUGGUUUCAGGAAGACUUCGAGAACUUCUGGUCUGAAUGCCCAUGGGAAGAAGAUCUAAAGUAUGCCAAAGCGGUUUGUGAUCAGGUUGAUGUACCUCUAGAAGUUGUGCAUUUGACAGAUGAAUACUGGAAUAAUGUGGUGUCCUACAUUAUCAAGGAGUAUAGAUGUGGUCGGACUCCUAACCCAGAUGUUCUUUGUAAUACAAGAAUAAAAUUUGGAGCAUUUAUGGAUGCCGUCAGCAGUAUGGAAUUUGAUUAUGUUGCUUCAGGGCAUUAUGCAAAUAUCAUCCACUCAUCUUCAGAUGAAAAGGAUAAGCCUUCUGUUUUAGAACUGUCAAAAGACAUGGUCAAGGAUCAAACCUACUUCCUUUCGCAUCUCUUACAGGCUCAGAUUAAACGGCUUAUUUUUCCUCUCGGUCGUAUUCCAAAGGAUGAAGUUCGAGAACUUGCCAAGAGAUUUGAUCUGCCAAACAAAGAUAGGAAGGAUUCACAAGGAAUAUGCUUCCUCGGGAAGAUAAAAUUUAGUGAAUUUGUUGCAAGACAAAUUGGGGAGAUGGAAGGGAUCAUAUUGGAAGCAGAGACAGGAGACUUCCUUGGCAAACAUAAGGGAUUUUGGUUCUACACCAUCGGCCAACGCCAAGGUCUACGUCUCCCUGGAGGACCCUGGUACGUUGUUGAGAAGGAUGUCAAAAACAAUGUAGUGUUUGUAUCAAGAAAUUACUUUUCAUUUGACAAAAGAAGGCGCCUCUUCCGCGUUGGCUCCAUGAGAUGGCUUGGUGGCUUGCCUCCAGAGAACUUCAGUCAUCUUCGGUGUAAGGUCAGGCAUGGUCCCGGAUUUUACGAUUGCAGUUUGACAAUGGAACAUCAUGAUGAUGGCCGUGGAGAUGUAGCAGUUGUCCACUUAUCCAAGGAUGAUCAAGGAAUUGCAGCUGGCCAGUUUGCAGCCUUCUACCAAGGACAAACUUGCAUAGGUUCUGGAGUGAUUUUGGAAUCAUGGGAUGAUCAAGGAUUUCCUGUAUGUGCAAGAGCUCUCGAGAUUGCAAGAAUGGAAGAUAAAUCAAAACUUGGGAAACCUGUUAAGAUAUACUUUAAACCAGAGACUCCUUCAAGCGACUCUGAUUGCAAGGACAGUAGCAAAGUUGACAGAGGAUUGACGAGCUCCCAAGUAUCUGCUAUGAACAGAAGUGUGAGUUGUUAAAGGAAAGCUAUUUCCAGAUACACAUUUGUUUGCUGCAGAUGCUUGAGAGAAUAGGAUGAUGAUACCCUUUCUGGGUUGUAGAAUACAAAUAAUUGAUGGUUGAGGAAGAGCAUUGAAAGAGCUUGUUGGUCUUCCCUGAUGUUAAGCUGUAGAAUGGUUCAUUGCAAAAUGUUUUCCUGUCAAUUGGAAAAAGCAAUGUUACUGUUUACACGGUUUGCUGGAUUUUUAAUGUAUUUAUGAUGCAUGUAUAUGAUCACAGUUUAAUAAUGUUUCAGAUAUGAAUUAUUCACCA